CUUGAAAACGUGCAGUGCAGUCGCUGUUCCGCUGCAUCCUGACGUAGAUACAUAACAGAAACACAUCCAUCACAAUGUAAGCGUUUAAUUAUCCAACGGAGCAUCGUCUCCCGCUGCGGACGCUCAGAGUGUUAACGACAAGACAAAUGCGGACGGUGAUGCGGCGAGCAGUGGGUGUGCGCUCCUGAAGACCGCCGUGGGUGAAGAGAGAAGAGGAGCUUCAUCCAACCAGUCUGUGAGCCACUACAGCAGCAGCAGCACACUUCACAGGAUUAUGUGUUUUUACUCCCUGCCGUUCUCCAUCCUCUCGAGGUUAAAGUCGACGGAAUCGACCGAAAGGACCCUGAUAUAUUAAAAACAUUUAUUUCCCCCAUCAGCAGCAUCAAGAUACAGGAGAAUCAAGAUGAAAUUUCCGACUGAGAAUCCAAGAAAGCCAGGGAACAUGAACCCUCCACCAGUGGAAGUCCAGACCAACCUGGUCCCCCCGAAGAAGGUGCAGCCAGGCAUGCUUCAGUUCAGCCUGGUGCACGCCAGCGUGGCCACCAUGCAGAACCCGAUGGGCUGCUCUCUGCCAAGACUUUCUGUCUCCUCCCGCCCCCCCAGCAUGGUGGCCAGCAUGGAGGCGGUGGCCGACGGCUCAGCCCCCUUCACCAUGAUGAAGCUGAAGACGGUGCUGGCAGUGUUUGUGGUGGUGGUGGCCUACCUGGUGGCAGGGGGCUUGGUGUUCCGGGCACUGGAGCAGCCCUUUGAAAACAACCAGAAGAUCACCAUCACAGCAGAGAAAGCAGCCUUCCUGCAGAAACACCCAUGCGUGUCCCCAGACGAGCUUGAGGCUCUCAUCAAGCACUCUGUGGAGGCUGUGAAUGCCGGAGUAAAUCCCAUAGGUGAUACCUCCUACAACUCCAGCCACUGGGAUCUGGGUAGUGCCUUCUUCUUUGCUGGGACUGUCAUCACAACCAUAGGGUAUGGUAACAUUGCCCCAAGCACUGAAGGAGGAAAGAUUUUCUGCAUUCUGUAUGCAAUAUUUGGAAUCCCACUGUUUGGAUUUCUCCUGGCAGGCGUUGGGGACCAGCUUGGUACCAUAUUUGUCAAAAGCAUCGCCAAGGUGGAGAAGAUGUUCCGGAAUAAACACAAUCAGAUCAGUCAGACUAAAAUCCGUGUGGCCUCCACUCUCCUCUUCAUCCUGGCUGGCUGCAUCUUGUUUGUCACUGUCCCAGCUGUGAUAUUCAAACACAUUGAGGGCUGGACGGCUCUGGAGUCAACAUAUUUUGUUGUCAUCACUCUGACAACAGUUGGAAUAGGUGACUAUGUUGCAGGGGGAGACAGAAGGAUUCAGUACCGGAAGUGGUACAGACCACUGGUGUGGUUCUGGAUCCUGGGUGGUCUGGCCUACUUUGCUGCAGUGCUGAACAUGAUUGGUGACUGGCUGAGGGUGCUGUCUAAAAAGACAAAAGAAGAGGUUGGAGGGAUCAAGGCUCAUGCAGCAGAAUGGAAAGCAAAUGUGCGAGCAGAGUUCCGGGAGACUCGUCGGCGUAUGAGUGUUGAGGUCCACGACAAGCUGCAGCGAGCUGCCACCAUCCGGAGCAUGGAGAGACGUCAGCUGGGCUUGGACCAGCGUGCCUUGUCCCUGGACAUGCUUUCCCCAGAGCGCCGUGCCAUCUUCAACAGCUUGGACACCAACAGCUAUAAGACUUCCUCCCAAGAGAGCAUCGACUCCAAGCUGAACAACCUUCGCCUGCGAGGGGCAGAGCAGUGCGACCGGAACUCCAACCACCAGACCACGUCUGAGGACAACAUUUUCAACCGCCUGGGCUCCGUGUCCAAGUUGGCCAAACGCAACAGGAACCGGGACCUGAAGAAGAACAUCCCGGCCGAGGCUCGCAGGCCUCACAGUGAGGCCUACGGCUGCAGCACGCCCACUUUUGACUGCAGCACAUCCACUGCAGAUGAAGGGAAAAGGAAGGACGAAGGAGAAGAUGAGAAUGAAGACAAAGAGUGCAACACUAGCUUGUCUGAUUUUCCGCUGUUUGUGGAUGCUUGCAAUGGGUUUAUUCCAGAGCAGACCAAAGAAAAUGAGAUUGGGAAAACACUUGAAACAAAAGAGCUGCAUAUUCAAAUGGAACCAUAGACUGUGUGUACUCCUACACGAGGAGGUUUUAAAUACCACCAUUAGUGCCUUUGGUCUCCUUUAUUAAUGUGUGUGCUUAAGCUGGGAUAACACGUGUCCCUUUGUGCUAUGUACUGUAAUGUCUACAUAUUCAAUAUGGACAUUACAGUACAGUGUGUGUCUUACUGUACAACCAACAUGUAGCUACUGGUUAUGAUGGAAACACAUUGUGGUUGUGUAAAUGCAAGAACUGGUAGGGUUUCUAAAAUCGUGCUAUGGCCAUAUAUAUAAAAAAUAAAAAAAGGUUAAAGGCUAUCAGUUAUGCAGCUUUGGCCAUUAUUUCUCUCAGUUAUGAUAACAUAGUACUCAAAUAACGCAAUAGCUGAGAUCCAGAUACUCUCCAUGAGAGAUAGGGGGUAGCAAAUUCUUUCCCUCAGUAUUUGUUCACUCAAUAUUCAGUGCUACAUAUACAGUAUAUAUGUGUAGUGUUCACUGAAUACCUUCUGCUUCAUGUUAAUCAGAAGUAAUAAACACAACUCCAUGUGGCCCAUGAGCACUUGCCAAAGUUUUCCCUCCGUUCUUCAUCUUCUGCACAUUGCACGCAGAUCUCUUGUACACAAGGAAUACACUGUUCAUUUGAGUAAAACAUUUACUUUUUGCAUCCACAUAGCCAGGAGGGUCUACAUGCAGCCCAAAAUUAUGCGCGACCAUCCACCUAUGCAGACACCCAAUGAAGGACAUCGUUGCCCAUUGUCUGUCUUCACAUCCAUUUUGGAGUUUAUCUGGCCCUCAACACACUUUCAUAUAACAGGCUGGUGUUUCACUCACUCAGUCACUUGCAUUUUGAAACGCAGACCCACUUGUGGAAAGCACUUUUGAAAACUUGUGUGUUUGUGUCUUACUGUACAACCAGCAUGGAGCUACUGGUUAUCCUCUCUGGACCUGCACACCGCUUGUUAAUGAGGUAAUACUAAAAGUAAAAACAGAAAAAUACUGUUGGAUUGUUUUUCCAAAACUUUAGCAGAUUUCGGAAGCAAACAAGAGCCUAACUUAUCAAUGAGGUGAUGGGUCCCUCCCAGGUGUCAGGCUAUUAAUUAUGUAGCAAAACUGACCUGAUGAUGCUGGAGUGGCAGAAUACAUCCCCUCUAAUUGUCAAACUGAAGACUUCGCCUUUGGAGGCGGAAUCAAGGAAGACAAGUUUUGGAUUUCUUGUUUCUAGCCUUGUCUGUCUUGGUUGUUUUGAUGUUGGUGUGGUCCCGUGUUUCAGCAAUUAAGUUAGUGAGUACAAAGUUGUCACCUCUGAUAUAAAUGAUGGCCAAAACUAUUUAUUACAACUAGACCCAAGUUGUAAUACAAGUGGGAAUAUCCUUAAACAUAGAAAGGGCUGUACAAGUUUUACAAGAUAAAAGCAAUGCAAAAUAAAAAAAUCUGAAAUUAAAAAUGCAUGCCAUUCUCAAAAUAAAUAAAAAAGUCCAUAAUAUGAAGUGUCACAUUUAAUGGACGCCAAUGAGAUGAUUGGAAGUACUUUAAUGAGGUCUAACAUGUGCUGUGACUCCAUAUAUGGCUCAAGUCAGAACAUAAGUAUUACACAAGAAUAAUGACAACCAAAAAUAAACCAUCCAAAAAAAGUUGCUGUGAAAGAGUAGAAAAGUAACACAUGAUUUAAAUGUAACACUUACUCUAUGUGUUUGUUGUCAUGCAGUGUCCAAUGUGAAUGAAAACAAGUCAGAACAUGUUGUGCGUUUUCCCCAAGCUAAGCUGUUGUCUCAGUACAAUGUCCAAAAAUGCUACCUAGAUCAUGACCUCUUUGAAUAUUAUCUCAGGGCUUGUUGUCCUAAUGUUUCAUGUUAAUAUUGUCUAACAAGUGCUGCAUUCACACUUUGAGAGGGGACAAUGACUGCACCGGCGCUCCAUGGAAAUGAAUGACAACAGAAUGUAAGAUAAGCCAUAAUGCAAAAGAAGGAACUGUUUCAUACUGUACAUGGAAUGCCAAUCAAGUGAUGGAUGGGUUUGAGAUUAUAAAGGGCACAGCUGUUACUGUGAGAGAGUGUUGGAGAUUUGGAUCCCCAGUAAGUUUCUGAAGGUACAUUUUGUAGCUUGAAUUUGGUUUGGUUUUACUCCUCAUCUACAACCUGGAAAAUCCAAAUAUUAACAACAUGUAAGGAGUCUGGAUGGAGCUGAGUUGGGACAAGCAAGCGGCAAGCGGCAAGUUGAUAUGCUUGAUAGGCUGAGAGACAUAAAAAACAUACUUCUUAAGACGCCUUAAUACCUGUUUGAUGGAUUCCUCAAACUCACCCUUAUGACGCAAAGAAGAAGGAAAAUUAGCUCUUGAGAACGACAUUUCCAGUGAAAAAGCUGUAUUACUGCAGAAAACACUUUUUGAAUGGAAUUCUAUGCAGGUGGAGAGUGUUUGCAGCCAGCAUCUAGUGACACUUAAGGCAUUUCGUUCUCGACUGCAGCUUUCAGCCAUGGUGGGGGCUACUUGAGCGUUCGAUGCUAUUCGUACAAAGUACUAUACAUUUUCGUCCUUGAAAUGUUUCAUUGUGGGAAUUGACACCACACACAUACAAGCUGUAGCAAGUGUGAAUGCAGCAAAAGCAAGGACUACGUGUGUUUUAAAAACGCUUCUAAAGGACCACAAAAUCUUACAAAGAAAACCAAUACAUGGAACAAAAAAGGCAUGCUAUAUUGCAAAACUAUAUUACGAUGUAUAUGGUGUUGAUUGUAUACCACCACAUGCUUCAGAGGAUGAUGCUUACCAUGGCAUUUUGUUUUUUUAACUGCCUUUGUUAAAAUGCACACACUGCACAUGCUCUGUACUUGGACAUCGCUUACAGUAUCUCUUGUGCAACCAUUACAUUAAAUGUAGUGAUUGCCGUUUGGAAAUAAAAAUCAAAGAAUUAAGUGCUAUUUUUGAGUAUUCGGCAGUGCAUUUCAAAGUCAUUG